AUGGAAGAGCGACGUCGAGAACUAACAAAACUGCGUGUUCGCAAACAUCGAAGAAUGAAAAAAGAUUUACUUAAGUGGCAAUCUUUGGCACAUCAAGGAUCAAUUGAUUUUGUGACAGAACCUAACACCAUUUCUUCAGAGGACGAGGAAAUGUUUAUCAAUGAAAAUAAAGUUCAACAUCAUAAUGAACUUAUUUAUCAUGCAGAUUCUGACGAGAUAGAAAAUAAUGAAAUAGAAUCAGAAUGCGCUGAAGAUCGAAAUGAAAAUUUAAAAAUUGAAGACAACAAUUCUAACUUUGGAAUGGAUAUAAACGAUGUAGCUGAAAAUAAGGAGAUGAAAGCUGAUAAGAUAGAGGAGAGAUAUUUAAACGAAGUAAUUUAUCAAAAUACAGAUAAAGAAACUCAAGAAACAGAAGUAAAUGAAGAAUUUUUUAAUGACCAAGAUAAAGAAUCUUAUUAUAGUUAUGAUGACGAUGACGAAUAUCAAUCUAGCGAUUUAGAAGACUUGUUACAAAAUUCAGAAAAUGAUGAAGAAGAACAAUUGAGAGAAUGGGCAAUUAAAGGUAAUAUUUCUUGGGUUCUUAUAUCUCAAUUGCUUCUUAUUCUACGACGUCGAUUAAUGCCACAACUUCCGAAGACAGCGUCAACAUUUUUAAAUCUAAAAACAGACUUUUGUAUUAAACCUAUGACAACUUCCUUAUAUAAAAAUGCUGAGUUUGUGUAUUUUGGAAUUGCAAAAGGUCUUGCUUCGUGUUUUAAUCCUUCUCUGCAUCCAGAUGAAAUUAUCUAUUUAGAUAUUAAUAUCGAUGGAGCACCUCUUUGGAAAUCAAGUUCAAAUGAAUUUUGGCCUAUAUUGUGUAGAGUUCAUUAUUUACAUGACAAUGUUUAUCCUCCUUUUCCAGUUGCGAUUUAUUUAGGUUCUGGAAAACCUCAAGAUUUAGAUUUGUUUUUAGAUGAAUUUAUAAAAGAAUUAAAUAAUUAUCAAAAAAAUGGAAUCGUGCUGGAAGGUAAGUUGUACAAAUUGCGGAUGAAAAGUUGGAUUUUAGACACUCCUGCAAGAGCGCUUGUAAAAUGUGUAAAAGGCCAUGCUGGUUAUUUUUCUUGUGAGAGAUGUGAGGUGAUGGGAGAAAGGUGCGAAAACCGUACAAUUUUUGCAGAUACGAAUGCAACAAACAGGACAGAUAAAAGUUUCCGUGAUCAAAAACAGUCUGAACACCAUAAAGGCGUUUCACCGUUAUUAAAAUUGUCCGGUUUGAAUAUGAUUAAAAUGUUUGUUUUAGACUUUAUGCACUUAGGUUUUUUAGGCAUAAUGAAAAAGUUACUUUCUUUGUGGUUAACUAGCACAAUUCGAAAAUUUAAAUUUUCAUCAUCGCAGAAAGAAAUAAUAAAUUUCAUGUUAUAUGAAUUGAGAAAUCAAAUACCAUGUGAGUUUCAACGUAAGACUGAUACAUUAAAUGAAAUCUCACUAUGGAAAGCUACUCAAUUCAGUUUUUUUUUGUUGUACGCCGGUAUUGUAAUAUUAAAAAAAAUUUUAACUCCAAAGUACUACAAUCACUUUCUGUUACUUUUCACCAGUUGUAGAAUUUUGUGUUGCAAAGAAUUAGCAGUAAAAUAUAAUGCUGAAGCUAGGUUAUAUUUGAAUAGAUUUGUUUCGCUUAUGAUAAAAUUGUAUGGAAAAUCUACUAUUUCGAUUAACGUGCAUAACCUUCUUCAUAUCGCAGAUGAUGUGAAGAACAUGAAUUGUCAUUUAAGUUUAAUUAACAGUUAUGCAUUUGAAAGUUUAUUAGGUAAAAUGAAAAAAACAUUGCGAUCUGGCAACAAACCUAUUCAACAGCUGUGUAAUCGUAUGCAUGAAAUGUUUUUUAGAAGAAAAAAAGUUACCCCUGCUCCACAAAUAUUAUCAAUAAUAAAAGAGAAUCUUUCUGAGAUAUUAAAAAUAAAAUAUCAACAAGCAGUGCUUACUUCAAAAAGUCCUGACAAUAUUGUUCUUCUUGAAAACGGUAAAUGCUUUGAAAUAAAGAAAAUUUAUAGAGACAGCCAAAAUAUUGAUAACAUUUAUGUAGAAGGUGUACAAUGGAUUAAAGAAAAACCAUUCUUUACGUAUCCAACAAAUUCUGAGACAUUAGGAAUCUGGAAAUUACACGAUAAUCCAAGUAAUGUAAAGGAUACUAUUUCCAUUUACAAAAUUAAAAAGAAACUUGUUAAGUUAACUGUGAGAUCAGCUUCAAAUGAACCAAAAACUGUCGUUGUGAUACCAUUACUUCAUUGA